UCAUCACCAGCUGACGCACAGGAAGUGACCCCCGUAUAAAGUAUCAUACCAAGGCAGAGUUGCAGCAGAUUGCAUAAUCUUACUGUCCGACAGAGAUCCUUGACUGACCCGAGCGGGCCCACAAAGCAGUGUAAACAGGUGAAAAGAAUAAACCAUUUUAUUCUGAAUCAUGGAGAGCAGCACACAAAGUCCACCUCGCUCCUCGUGGAGGGAUUGUUUUGUGUUCCAGCGGAUCCGAAUGUUGGUCCCCGUUGGAUUCAAGGCAGAAGUAAUCGAGCUGUGCAAACUGGCAGGACCAAUGAUCAUCAGUACGCUCAUGGUUUUUGCAGUGAGUUUUGUCAGCACUGUUUUCUGUGGCCACCUGGGGAAGACAGAGCUGGCAGGAGUUACUUUGGCCAUAGCAGUUAUUAAUGUUACAGGGAUAUCUAUUGGGGCUGGUUUGGCAGCAGCUUGUGAUACUCUAAUUUCUCAGACAUAUGGGGGCCGUAACCUCCUAAAAGUUGGGGUGAUUCUGCAGAGGGCUAUCCUCAUUUUGCUUCUGGCCUGUUUUCCUUGCUGGGCAGUCCUCAUCAACACAGAACCCCUGCUGUUAGCUGUGAAACAGGAUCCAGCGGUGGCCAGGCUGUCUCAGUUGUAUGUGAAGAUUUUUAUGCCAGCACUGCCUGCCACAUUCAUGUAUUCCUUACUGACAAGAUAUCUACAAAACCAGGGCAUCAUAUGGCCACAGGUUAUUACAGGAUUUGUGGUUAACCUCUUAAACGCCCUUAUCAACUACAUUUUUCUUUUUGCAUUGGAUCUAGGAGUAGCAGGUUCUGCUGUGGCUAACACACUUUCCCAGUACUGCUUGGCUACUGUUCUCUAUGCAUACAUUAUUUGGAAAGGACUGCACAAGGAAACAUGGGGAGGAUGGUCCAGGGAGUGCCUAAAGGAUUGGGGCUCUUACAUCUAUCUGGCCAUCCCCAGCAUGGUCAUGUUGUGUGUUGAGUGGUGGACGUAUGAGAUUGGAAGUUUUCUGGCAGGUCUGAUCAGUGAGGUUGAACUUGGAGCGCAGUCAGUCGUGUAUGAACUGGCAAACGUUGCAUACAUUUUCCCCUUGGGUUUCAGUAUAGCAGGCAACGUGAGAGUGGGGAAUGCUUUGGGAGCUGGAGACACGGAGCAGGCCAAGCUGUCAGCUAAACUGUCAAUGUUCUGUGCAGGGUUAGUGUCCAUAUUUCUGGCAGUUUUUAUUGGGGGCAUGAAGGACCAUAUUUCCUACGUCUUUACCUACGAUGAACAAAUCAGGGAAAGGGUUGCAGAUGUUAUAGCUUUUUAUGCCCCAUUCACCCUCCUCGAUGCAAUGUCUGCUUCCUCAGGGGGAGUCAUAAGGGGAGCAGGUAAACAGAAAAUCGGGGCUAUCUGCAACAUUUUGGGUUACUACGGUAUUGGUUUCCCUAUUGGAGUGUCACUGAUGUUUGCAGCAAAGAUGGGAAUUAAAGGUUUGUGGACAGGCUUGUUUACCUGCGUGUUUCUGCAGUGCGUGUUUCUGAUUACCUACCUGGUGAGAAUGAAUUGGAAGAAAGCAACCACAGAGGCUCAAAUGCGGGCAGGAGUGAAUGAGAGCUCCACAUAUAAAAGUACAGAUGACCAGUCAGAUGAUCCAGAGCACGUGCAGGGCCCAGUAGACAACAUGGAACUGGUUGUUUCUGAGGUGGUGGUGAAACCAGUGGAGGUCGAGCUCCCUUUCAGGAGUCUGGUCCUGCGUCGCGGUCUGGCUGUAGCUGCCAUGUUCUUCAUCCUGGCUGCUGGAAUCGCUUUGAACUUGCUAAUCACUAACUUUGUUACAUAAUUGAAGGGAAAGUCUUUUGUGCAAGGUAGAGUUACACGUUAGCUAACGACGCAAACGUGAUAGACAGAUGUCUGGAAUGCGGUGUGUCAGCACGACAGGCAGAAGAAAGGCGCAGAUGAGCAGAGAGCAGAGAGCAGAGAGCAGACAGAGCUCUCUGUGGUUAAUCUGUCAAAGCAAGGUAUUGCAUUUCAUCAUGAAAUGCUUCAAUGAAUGUGCCAAUGUUCGGCUCAAAGAGAAUGAAUCAAACUACAGAGGUGGUGUUAAACAAAAUAAAACACACGGCUGUGAUUAUCUCAGAUUGUCAA